AUGAUCACUGCCAUCCCAGGUUCCCAUCUAGUCAUUGUGUACCUCAAGAAUGCAUACCAAAAUGAUCCCUUCCGCAUUGCUCUCGAACUGUUUUUGGUCUUUUUUGCCAUCAAAUAUAUGUUGGCAAAGAAAUACAAGCCUCAUGACAAUACUGUAAAACUUACUGUUAAGGAGGUCGAUGAUCUUAUUGAAGAAUGGCAACCCGAAACUCUUGUACCUACUCUGAAUACCCUCGAUAAACUAAACCUUGAUAGCACACCUGUCAUUCUCGGCCCUCAAUCUGCAAAGACCAGAGUAUCUGGACAUGCCAAGCCUCUCUUGAACCUUGCCACAACAAACUACCUCAACCUGGCUGCCUCCGAACAAAUUUGUGAAAGUGCUAUCAAGACACUCAAGGAAUAUGGUGUUGGCUCUUGCGGUCCUCCUGGUUUCUAUGGUACCAUUGAUGUCCACAUGGACCUUGAAAAGGAUAUUGCACAGUUUUUGGGUACCGAAGAGGCUAUCAUUUAUGCUCAAGGCUUUUCUACUAUUUCUUCUGUUAUUCCUGCAUUCUCCAAGAGAGGUGACUUGCUUGUUGUCGAUGAUGGCGUGAGUUUUGCUGUUCAAAAGGGUGUCCAGAUUUCCCGCUCCAAUGUCCGAUACUUCAAGCACAACAACAUGGACGAUCUUGAACGCGUAUUGAGAGAUGUACAGGCUGACCAGGACAAGAACAACAAACGUCUGACCCGCCGAUUCAUUGUCACCGAAGGAUUGUUUGCCAACUUUGGUGAUAUUGCACCUUUGAAAAAACUGGUUGAACUUAAGAAGAAAUAUAAGUACAGAUUGAUUUUGGAUGAAUCCCAUUCUAUUGGUGUAGUAGGAAAUAACGGUAGAGGUCUCACUGAUUUGUUCUCUGUGGAUGCCACAGAAGUGGAUAUGAUUGUUGGUUCUUUGGCUAAUGCAUUUUGCGCUUCCGGUGGCUUCUGUGCUGCUAGCACUGAGGUUGUUGAUCACCAGCGUUUGUCUGGCAGUGCGUAUUGUUUCUCUGCUUCCAUGCCUGCCAUGCUUGCAGUAUCUGCUUCAGAGGCUCUUAAGGUGAUCCGCCAACAACCCUCGAUCCUUAAGGAACUUUCUGAGCGUGCUCAAGUGUUCCGUCAGGUUCUUUCGCACAAGUCCCUUGAAUCUCUUAUCAGAGUUUCUGACAGUGAUCUUCAAUCUCCUGCUCCCUUUUUCCACAUUUACCCCAAGAAUUCUUUCUUGAGAUCACGUGCUUUUGACCAUGAGAUUGAUAUCCCUCGCGUUGACCAAGAGCGUUUAUUGCAAGAUGUUGUCGACGAGUGUGCAGUCCAAGGUGUCUUGAUUACUAGAGCUAAAUAUGUACAUGAUCAGGAAAAGAGUUGCCCUAGACCUAGCAUUAAGCUCCAUGUCACUAUUGGACUUACAAAGAAGGAGAACGAAAAGGCUGCCGGUGUAGUAAAAUCUGCCAUUACAAAGGUGUUUGGAAAGUGGAGAAAAUAAUUCUUAAAACUAUAAUAUAUUAAUCAACCUAAUAACGUACAAUACAAUACAAUACAAUACAAUAAAAUAAAAUACAUCUCAUGAGAAAU